AUGCCAAUCAAACAUGACACGAGAAGUGGGAAGACGUACACGAUUGAUGAACUGCGAGAACUGAUGAGAAGUAAUCCUACAUUUAAAGAAAACGUUCUUAAUCAAAAAUAUUACCAUCCAAAAACAAAAGACGUUUUGAAACGUUACUUUCUGGGUGAGGCUUAUUCGUUCAACAUAAAAUUCGACGACCUUGGCAGCCGUAGUUAUGAUAUUAAGGAAGAUGUGAUAGUGAAUAUACAUAUGCAGAAAACUGGUGGAACGCAUUUGGAAGAUAGAUUUAAAAAAGACUUACAACUACCGUUUAAGUGCCAAUCAAAAGGUCGUGCGUGUAAAUGUCUUAAUGGGCAAGGAAAUAUGUGGCUAUUCACGCCCGUCUUUACUGGAUAUGCUUGUGGCUUGCAUCCUGAUUGGACACAGCUGCAUCGCUGUAUUGAGGACUCAUUCAACAAGCAAGAAGGAAAAACAAGGAGCCGCAGAUAUUUCUACAUCACCCAAUUGCGAGACCCUUUGGAGCGUUACCUUAGUGAGUACCACCACCAAACAACCUCGGGCCACUGGGAGGAAUCGAUCAUCGGUUGUGGCGUUCGUGACAAACCGUAUUGGAAUGAUAUGCGCCCUUGUUUUGUCACAAAAGACUGGCGUGGCGUUUCUUUCAGUGACUUUAUGGCAUGUCCGUUCAAUCUGGCAACGAACAGAAUGACCAGGAUGUUGGCCGAUCUCGUUCCGACACAGUGCUAUAGUAAAUACCUGGACGAACGGCAGAAGAAAAUACGAGCUGAAAAAUGGGUGGAUUCAGCGAAACAAAACAUUAGAAACAUGGAGUAUUUUCGUUUAAUGGAACGUCCGGAGGAGUCAGACUUUCUUUUUGCCAAAGUGUUUGACCUUCAUUUCAAAAAUAAAGAUCGAAUGAUAGCAUCUGGUACCACAAAACUACGAAUGACUGAAAACGAAUUCAUGAAAAUGAUUCAACUAGCAGAACUAGAUAUUCAUAUUUAUUUAUUUGCUCAAGAUAUAUUCAACCAUAGGCUGAUCUGA